AUGACGGGGUCAAAGGACUAUCUCACCUAUGCAAAGAGCGUGCAGGUGGGCACACAGAUUGGCGUUGAGGAGUGCAAACGCCAGUUUGCCUGGGAUAGAUGGAACUGCCCCGACACCGCAACUCAGCUCAAAGGACUGAAACGAGCCACCAGAGAAACGGCUUUCGUUCAUGCUAUCAGUUCAGCAGGGGUCAUGUACACUCUGACCAGGAACUGCAGUCUUGGUGAACUCGAAAACUGUGGCUGCGAUGGUUCAAAGAACGGAAAGCUUGGCGGUCGCGGAUGGUUGUGGGGGGGCUGCAGUGCUAACGUGGAGUUUGGAGAGAGGAUUUCCAAAGAGUACGUGGAUGCGGAAGAGACGGGUCAGGACUCUAGGGCUGCUGUCAACCUCCACAACAACGCGGCUGGCCGGCUGGCCGUGAAAGACACAAUGACGCGUAUCUGCAGAUGCCACGGAAUGUCUGAGAGCUGCAGUGUCAAAACCUGCUGGACACAGCUGUCCGAUUUCAGAGCCGUGGGCAAUUACUUGAGGAUCAAGUACAGUCACGCUGAAAAGCUGGACAUCGACCAAAAGCGCAUGAACGCCGGAAACAGCGCGGACAUCCAAGGUGCCAUCAUGGACGCGCUCGGCAGCAUCGCUCAGUCAGAGCUCAUCUACCUACAGGACUCUCCAGACUACUGCAGGAAGAACGCCAGCUUGGGGGCGCACGGCACGGAGGGCAGGGAGUGUCUGCUGCACGGACAGGGCUUGACGCAAGGGGAAAGAAGGAGCUGCCGCAGGCUGUGUCACGAAUGCGGCCUGAGAGUGGAAGAAAAGCGCACAGAGGUGAUGAGAAGCUGUAACUGCAAAUUCCACUGGUGCUGUAAGGUGCACUGCGAGGACUGCGCCCACGUUACAGUCAAACACGUGUGCGGCAGGAAGGACGGUGGGGAUGGAAAACGAAGAGAUCGUGGACCCAAAUGA